AUAUUAUCUUUAUCUGAAUUGCAGAAAUUAAAGUGGACUUAUUUGACGAGAAAUGAAUUGAGUUAUUGAUCCGUGCGAUAAGCUUGAUCUCCCCCGAUACAUACCUACUUGAAAAUAUCAGCAGCACCAGAGGGCACUUGUUGUGACGUCAUCUUUACAUAUGGAGGCCAUUCGCACCUGAGAUCAGAUGUGACAAAAUAAGUGGCAAGUACAACACAGACUAUUGCAGAUCCAGCUGUGAUCAUCAGUAUGUAGGGCGUCAUUUCUGUAUUACGGUCAAGGAAAGACUUCUAGUCAACUAGAAGGACCCACAUGUUAGUAUCUGGACCACCAAGCUAGAACAAAUGUAUACCAUAGCAAGUACUACAGUAUGCCUAUACAGCAAAUAGCAGUUAGACCACUCGGAGUUAUGAAAGACAGGAAAAACAAUAUAUCUGGCCCCAACAAGGGGAAAGAGAGCACUCGCGAAACAAUGCAUGCAGAUGCAGUGACGACACGUGGAACUGAACGAUGUGAGUCACAGCUUUCAACAACGUCAGCGGGCAUGGACAUCUGUCGGAUAUGCCACUGUGAAGCCGAGCCCAACAACCCACUUAUCUCCCCUUGCCUCUGUUCAGGCAGCCUCAAAUUUGUCCACUCGGCAUGUUUACAAAAGUGGAUCAAAAGCUCAGAGAAAAAUGUCUGCGAACUUUGUAAAUUCCAGUACAUUAUGACAACGAAGACUAAACCAUUCAAAGAGUGGGAGAAGCUUGAUAUGUCAUCAGCAGAAAGAAGGAAAAUCAUCUGCUCCGUCACAUUCCACAUGAUAGCCAUCACAUGUGUCAUCUGGUCUCUGUACGUCCUCAUCGACCGCACCACUGAGGAAGUGGCCAAUGGCAACCUGAACUGGCCGUUCUGGACCAAGCUGAUAGUGGUCGCUAUUGGUUUCACUGGUGGACUUGUCUUCAUGUAUGUACAAUGUAAGAUGUAUGUACAGUUGUGUCUAAGAUGGAGGACCUUCAACCGUGUCAUCCAUAUUGAAAAUGCCCCCGAAGAUGAAGAAGUUCGGGCUCAACUUGCAGCACGGAUCAAGGAAAGUACAUCAGAGCAAGAAGAUGGUGGGCUCACUAAUACUGCAGCCUUCAAUGACUUGGAGAUGUUUUGAGGGUGUUGUUGUGACCUUUGGGUCCUACUUGGAAUGACAGGACAUGCUCAAUGAAGCCCUUUGGAUCAUUUCUGGAAUUGAUCAUUCUCACACGGGUCCUGUCCUUACUCUGAAUGAUUUCCCAAACAAUUUGCAAUGGGACCACAGAUUUGUUUAUUUUCAAAUUUUCUGUGUUUUUACAAACUUUUGUAUAUAUGAUGCUAUUAUAAGAAUCACAAGUCCAAACUUUCGUACAGUCUGUGAUAUUGAAUGCUAAGUGUAGGUCUUUAUAGUGAGAUAUGAGAAUCAAAUGUCGCAGGUGACAACGCAUUAAUGCUACCUUGGUGAUCUACAUAUGUUGUUGAUAUACAAGUUUACAGUAUCCGAAGUCAAUUGACGAGAAGAGAAGUCACAGAAUUUUUCUGCUUUACCCCAAAUGAAGUUUGGAAUCCCCCGAUAUUAUUACAAAUUGUUUUAUUAAGAAUCGUGGCUAAGAGUCAACCCACCUUGAUACUCUCACUACAAUCAUCAGCUGAAGAUCAUCCUCGAUUGUCCAGGGUAUUAUGUCUCCGUUCUGUUAUGAUAAAUAUCCUGUACCCUUUGCCAACAUAGCUUUGUUUUGAGUGGGGUUCAAAUGACACAAUGCUAAAAAUAACCAUCCAGUGGAAUUACACCGUUCCUUCAUGGCUGACAGAGCAGUGUAGUAACUAAUACUCCAUUUGCCAUGUUACAUGCCGUCUUAAAUAUAAGAACCGCCUUCGUGGUCUGGUGGUAGAGCGUCCGCCCGGAGAGCAGUAGGUCCCGGGUUCGAUCCCCAGCCGCGUCAUACCAAAAGACGUUAAAAGAUGGUACUUGUUGUUUCCCUGUCUGGCGCUCGGUAUUAAGGGGCUAAAACA